AUGUCUUCAAAAGUAUAUAGCCUCAUAACAGAUCUCACUCUACUGACUUCUGAGAUCAUCGAAGUUUCGGCCGAGUCCGGGAACAGGAAAUUUUUCGUUCACAAAGACAUCCUUACCUCGAAAUCAAACCAUCUUCGUUCUAUAAUGAGCAGUGUAUGGAAAGAGGUCACCGAGAAGAAGAUCGACUUCUCAGAUUGGGACGGUGAUACAGUUGGCCGGUUCCUGCAAUUCAUGUAUGUGGACGACUAUCAGAUCCAUGAACCAAAUCGAGAGGAAUUCGAACCAGAAUUUGCUCGUGAAUAUCACCGUGCGUCUGAGCCGUUCGAUUGCAUAUGCAAGGAACUUUUUAGGAGCGAGAACAUUAAUGUGCUCCUAUUGCACACGAAGGUGUACGCGCUUGCGCAGUACAAAGACGUUGAAGUGCUUCAGAUGUUAGCAUUGAAUAGGAUUGAAGAUAUACUUUCUAGAAUCCCGCCAUGUUUGUCGACGAACACAUUAGAAACGGCUCUGACCGAGAAGAUUAUAAAAUACAUUCUAGAGGUUUUGAGUUAUAUCUACGAAAACAUAUGCACCCGUGAAUACUCUGAUGAACCAAUACGAAGGCUCUUUUUAGACUUUGUAGCAAAAAAUAUUCGACUCUUAAAUCUCAAGGACCGGGAAGAUGUAUGGACACUUCUGGGUGAGGGAGGUGAUUUGACGACUGAGAUGCUGAGAACCGUGAUAGGGAGACUCGUUGAAGUUGAGUUAAGGCUUGAGGUUCUAGAGCUUGAUUCUGCGGACAACUUUGCUCUGUAUCAUGAAAAGGUUGCUGAGUUCGAAGGAGAGAGCUGGGAUCAAGAAGGUGAGUGA